CGCUCAUUGACACACACUACUUGUAUACUCUCGCACGCCACGCACAGUUUUCUUGCUUAGUUGAGCUGCCAUAUUAGUUUUACAGCCCAACAAUAACGCGAAUAAAAAUUAAUUUGUUCGGGUAGAGUUUUACGGUUUUACUGGGCUGCAGGCGGACAGAUAAUGGAAGGACACCGGAAUUGUCGUAUGCUCGGAUACGACAAAUGUAAGGAAUACCAUCUUAUCAGGUCACGUCCGAGUGGUUCCCAGAGAGCGAACCAACAAAACUGUCCGAAACUACCAGCAAGGAUAUGGCCGACCAGCGAGGUUUCCCAAGUAGGAUGUUUUUUACCGCCGGACCAACACAUCCCCGGUGAUGGGGUACGGGGCUUGCCCAUUACCAUCGUUUUCGGAUUGAUGGAACUCCAACAAUGGUGCCAACAAAUUUCUUCAAUAGAAGCUCAUCAAUACGGCGAGUGCGGUCAGGCCGGUUAGGCUAUGAGCUGGGAUUCGGAACAAAGUCCGUAAGUACUAGAACAAUAAGGAGUUAACCGGCAAGAGAAAUGUUAUCAAAAUAAUACAGUAUUGAAUAAUGCUUAUUGGGAAAAAAUGCCGAUUUAAUUCUUAAACGUAGAUAAAGUGUAAUCAUCUGUUUUUUU